AUUAUAUUUCUUUUUCUUUUUUCCUUGGAUUGGAGCUGGGGUUUCUUGUGGUGAGAGAAACACUGAUUCUCUGGUUUGGGAACAUCAUACCCUUUGAAGUUCGAAGAAAAAUUUUGAAACUUUGGACGAAGAUGGCCAACGGCAAAGUGAGGAUAACCAAUUGGGUCCAAAAGAAGAUCACUGAUCCCCUUCUCGCCAUUAUCCGCAGAGGAGCUGAACCAAGCCAGUUGGCUUUCUCUGGUGCUCUUGGUAUUACACUGGGAGUAUUUCCUAUAUGUGGUGUCACUGUAUUCCUCUGCGGGAUGGCCAUUGCAUUGCUUGGAUCAUUUUGCCAUGCUCCAACUGUGAUGCUGGCAAACUUCAUUGCUACUCCAAUUGAGUUGAGUCUGGUUGUGCCCUUUCUACGCUUUGGUGAGUUGAUCACUGGUGGAUCUCAUUUCCCUUUAACAUCUGAUGCUUUAAAGAAGGUUCUUACUGGCCAAGCUUCCCAAGAAGUCAUAUUAAGUGUUGCCCGUGCGAUAUUAGGGUGGCUGGUUGCAUCACCGUUUAUUUUGGGAGCUCUAUAUAUAGUACUUUUACCAUGCUUCAAAAUUCUGGUUCAUAAAUUCUCAGGUGUUCCUUCAAGUCCAAGGAAGCCGCUCCAUCCACACUCCGAUGUAAAGGCGAAGGAAUCGAACUUCAUAGCAGAAGAUAGACAAAGAUCUAUGCACAUUGCUGAAUCAACUGAACUAGAAUCCCUUGUUAUGACGAAGCCCAACAAGGAAGAACACGGGGGGCCCACAAGUAGACAACACAGCCCUGACGGAUAAGUCCAGUAAGUGAUUGACAAUGUCAGGCCCAAGAGCGUUAUUGCGAAGCCAAUGACUCAGCAUGUUUCUGGAAAGAAUUUGAUAGGAUUCUGAUAGAAUUAAAUAUUCUGUUAGGGUUAUUCGGCUGAUUUGUUAGCUUU